AUGACUGCAUCGGCACGUGAAUUGCGGGAGCGCCUCGCCCGUGAACAGCUUGAGAAGGCCCGCUCACUGAAGGUUGACACGCAUGAGCAGGCCGUGGAGGCGAUGCAGCACUUGACGCUGGCAGUUACGUACAAACCAUUUUUUGUCAAUGCGCUGCUUUUUCGCGCCCAGUUGGCGGCACGGCUGUCUCGCUACGACCACGCCGUAUCGGACUUUUCGCUGGUAAUACAGUUGGAGGACCAUGGCUUUGACCGUCGUCGACUUGCAGCGGCGUAUGGGGCCCGUGGAAACGUGUUGCGCAAGAUGAACAAAAUUACUGAAAGCAUCAUUGACUUCACGCGGGCGGCGGAAGUUGAACCGGAUAACGGGACGUGGUUGUAUGAAUUAGGCAUUUCUUACUUGAUGCAGGGCAGCCGGGCGCUAGCUCAGAAUUUUUUUUCGGCUGCGCUGGGGGAAAAAGUUACGGGUCGCAUGACAGAAAACGUGCGAUUCCGAACCCUGAUUUCGUUGGGCACCUGCAAGUUGACCGCGGGGGAUGUGAACGGUGCAGAGUCGGUGUUGACGAAAGGCCUGGAAAUGCAAGAAACUGCAGCGUUGCAUAAUCUUCUCGGCAUUGCCCGGUUUAAACGUGAGGAGUACAAGACAGCGGUGCAGAAUUUUCAGAGGGCGUUGGAGUUUGAUGGUCUCAGCAGCGAUUACCACAUCAAUCUUGGUGUCUGUCUUUUUCAGUUGGGUUCCAUGGCGGAUGCUUUCAAGCAAUUUGAGAAUGCCGUACUUAAAGGCGCAAAACGAGCCGUAAAUCAUUUUUUUCGUGGAAACACGGAAAUUGUUCUCCAAAUGUACCCACAAGCCAUCAUAGACCUGGAUGAGGCGAUUGGCUUGGAUGCCUCACGGGAAUCGUAUCACUACUCCAAGGCGUUGGCUUUUAUGGAGGAGAACCGCUAUGAUGAGGCGAAGAGGGAGCUGGAAAGAAGUGUAGAGCUGAAUCCCACGUUUCGUACCGCAUGGAUGCAUUCUGGUCUGUUGCACUUUUUACAAGGCGAGUCAUUUGCCGCUCUUGAUUGCUUUACACGGGCACUGGAAAUUGGGGUGGAUGAUGAUCUUGUACAUGAGUGUAUUGGACUUGUGUAUUGCAAACUGAAUUACUUUGACCUUGCGGUGGAGUCGUUUACACGAUGUAUUCAUCUUCAUCCUGAAAAUCCUGUUUUUUAUUUUCGUCGUGGCGUUGCACUCAUUGAGUAUGGUGAUUUGCAUGGCGCAUAUAUGGACCUGCACGGGGCGGUCCACAAGCACAACUUUCAUGAUCAACAAACAUUGCAUUGUCUUUCUGUUGUCCUAAGUAAACUCGGCCGACAUUCGGAGUCGUUGGAAUACGCGAACGAGGCUGUUUCACUGGAUGCGACAAAUUAUUUGUAUUUACUUCAGCGGGCGGACUGUCGGUACACGUUGGGGGACUACGCCGGGGUCUUUACCGACAUCUCACUUAUUCUGCAACUUGGCCACGAGAGUGCGGAAUUGUACUAUUUGCGUGGCCGUUCCCACUAUGCGCUGCACGCCUUUCAGGAUGCGGUGGAUGAUUUGUUGCAGGCGGCCACGCUUCAGCCCCUGCUAAAUGACAAGGCUGAUUACUCUUUUGCUCUUGGCGAGGCAUAUCUGCACUCUGGGCGGAAUUAUGAUGCUGCUGAGGUGGCCUUUUCGAAGGCCAUCAACUCUCACCCUAACCCUCCAUCGUUUUUCUUUGACGAGCGAGCGAAAGCACGACAGCGUCUCGGUGAUGCAGCGGGAGCGUUGGCGGAUCUGAACGUUGUGCUGCGCGAGGAUGAGAGUGAUCCCACGGUGUUGCUUCGACGAUCUUUUGCAAACAAGGCACUUCAGCAUUAUGACGCGGCGGCAAGGGAUUUUGAGAAGGCAAAGUCGAUCGAUGCUGUUAGAGACGCGUUGAUGUGCAUUCCAUAUGAGUUGUUUUUCACAAUUGACGAAGUUGUGUGGGAUGUCACAGGCUGA